CAUCACAGAGAAGACAGCCCAGAGCUGGGGUGCAGGAAGGCACCCGAGCUGGCAGCACUGCUGGCAGAGGGGCUGGGCUGAUGCUGGCCGCUUGCUCUCUGUGCACGUUGCUCCAGGACCAUGCUGAACGCACUGCUGCUGUGCUACGGGCUGCUGCAGGGGAUCCAGGCCAUCCUCAGCUCGGACCUCAGCCACAGCCCCCUGCAGAAGAUGAGCUCUGGGCUGGAGGAGGCAGACAGAGCCCGCUACCCCAGCCUGCUGCGCAAGGCUAAGGAGCUGUCAGUGGAGCUUGCUGGAGCUAUUCCCAGGAUGGACUUGGAUCAGAUGGAGGUGCAAGAAGGUGAUGGUAACCUCCUGCAGAAAAGCAGCGUGCUGGAACCACAGGCAUUGUCCACGGCCCUGCAAGCUGCAGGCAGGGAGGAGCGGAGCUCCCCUCGCCGCUGCGUCCGUCUCCUGGAGUCCUGCCUGGGCCACCAGAUCCCCUGCUGUGACCCCUGUGCCACCUGCUACUGCCGGUUUUUCAAUGCCUUCUGCUACUGCAGGAAGAUCAGCACCACCUUCCCAUGUGGCAAGAACUAGUGCCCAUAACACA